CUCCAACCAACAGAUUUACCAAGAACAGAGAAUUCAGUCCAGUAUGUGUAUCUGGAAGCUGUUUCUUCGCAUUUUACAAGAUUAAAAACAAUUCCUGUUUCCUAUGAGAAUGGGUUUCUUUUCAUCCAUACAGACAAACCAAUUUAUACUCCUGAUCAGUCAGUGAAAGUCAGGGUUUACUCUCUGAAUGAGGAACUACGGCCAGCUCGGCGAGAAACUGUCCUGACAUUUGUGGAUCCUGAAGGAGUAAAAGUGGAUAUUAUAGAAGAAGAUGAUUUUACUGGAAUAGUUUCUUUUCCUGACUUCAAGAUUCCUCCUAAUCCUAAGUACGGAAUUUGGCAGAUUGAAGCCAAGUAUAAGAAGAAUUUCAUAACCUCGGCUGUUGCCAAAUUUGAAGUUAAGGAAUAUGCAAUGCCAAGCUUUUCCAUCGCCAUAGAGCCAGAAAGUAACUUUAUUAGUUCUGAUAAAUUUGAGAACUUCAGGAUUGUUGUGAAAGCUAGCUACUUUUAUAAUAAAAAACUUCCAAGUGCUGAUGUUUUUCUUCGUUUUGGAAUAAUUGAAGAAACUGAAAAAAGAAUGAUGCCUUAUGCAAUGCACGUAACUAGGAUUGAAAAUGGAGUUGCUGAGAUAAAUUUUAACAGUAAGACAGCAGUGAGUUCUAUAGGGUUUCAAAGUCUAGAAGAAUUGGAUGGGUCAUAUUUAUAUAUUGUGGUAUCAGUGUUGGAGUCUACAGGUGGCCUCAGUGGUGAAGCAGAAUUUGCUGGAGUCAGAUUUGCUGUAUCUCCUUACAAAUUGAGUUUGAUUGCUACUCCUCUCUUUGUGAAGCCUGGACUUCCGUUCUUCAUUAAGGUGCAGGUGAAAGAUACAGGAGAGAAAUUCGUUGGAAAUGUCCCUAUAACCAUCACUGCAAAAUCAUUCAGUGAGCAAAUGGAUGAGACUGAGUUGAUAUCAGAGGGUUCAGAAUCCAGGAGAAGAAAAACAAGCAUCAGUGAUGGCACUGCCUUGUUUGUUGUUAAUAUCCCAUCUGAUAGCAAAAGGUUGGAGUUUCAAGUAAAAACUGCAGAUCCACAUCUUUCAGAUGAAAACCAAGCAAGUAAAACCUAUGAAGCAAAAGCUUAUUCAUCAUUAAGUCAGAGCUACCUGUAUAUUGACUGGGCUUCAAACCACAAAAUACUACAAGUUGGGGAUUUCAUAAAUAUUAAUGUAUAUCCACAAAGUCGGUAUAUUCAUAAAAUACAUCACUACAGCUAUUUGAUCACGUCGAAAGGGAAGAUAGUAAGCUUUGGAACUCAGAAGAGAAUGAAGGAUUUGGAGUAUGAACAUCUGACUUUUCAGAUAACCCAAGAAAUGGUUCCUUCAGCACGUCUCAUUGUUUACUACAUAGUCAUGGGAGAAGAAACGGCUGAGUUAGUAGCUGAUUCUGUUUGGCUGAAUGUGGAGCAGAGGUGUGGAAAUAGUCUUGAUAUUAAGCUGCAAUCAAGCAAAGCAAUACUGAAUCCAGCAGAAGUUGUAUCCCUUAACAUGAAAACACAAUUCAAUUCCUUUGUUGCUCUGUCAUCUAUUGACAAGGCAGUAUAUGGAGUCACGGGAAGAGGAAAGAGAGCAAUGGAAAAAAUAAUGCUACAUUUGGAAAAGAGUGACCUUGGCUGUGGUGCUGGAGGAGGACAGAACAACGUUGAUGUAUUCAGAAUGGCUGGGCUUACAUUUCUAACUAAUGCAAAUGCUGAUGAUUCAAAUGAAGCAGGUGAAACUUGCAACGAAGUUUUAAGAACCAAACGAUCUGACUUCAAGGAGCGGAUACUCAAAGAAGCAUCCAAAUACGUACAUCCAGAAAUUCGAAAGUGCUGCAUGGCUGGAGUGAAAGCAUAUCCAGUCUCUGAGACUUGCAGUGAUAGAGCUCAACGGAUUCGGAGUAAUGCAAAGUGCAUUUCUGCAUUCAGAGAUUGCUGUGAAUUUGCAAACAGGCUGCGGGAGGAAGAACCUAAUAAGCUUCUAAUAUUGGCAAGAAUGCAUUUUGAGGCUCUUUUGGAACUGGAUGAGGCAGAAGUUCGUAGCUACUUCCCUGAAAGCUGGUUGUGGGAAGUUCACCAGGCUUCUCCAAGGUCAAAGACUCUCUCUAUCACCUUGCCUGAUUCGCUUACUACCUGGGAAGUACAAGGAGUUGGCAUUUCUGAUAAAGGUAUAUGUGUUGCUGCACCGUUGGAAGUACAAGUGGUAAAAGAUAUCUUCCUGAGCGUUCAUGUUCCGUAUUCUGUGGUGCGAGGAGAACAAAUUGAGUUAAAAGGAUCUGUUUAUAACCAUAAAGCUUCUGCAAUUAAGUUCUGUGUUAAAAUAGCAACUGGAAAUGGCAUCUGUUCUUUUGGAGAUUCUGCAAAUACGGGAUCGAGGAUACGCAAUUGUAAUCUUAAGAAUCUAGAUGGCGGUUCUUCAUCACCAGUUACAUUCAGAAUACUUCCUUUGGAAUUAGGUCUUCACACGAUCAACUUUACAUUGCUGACAGCCAGGAACAGUGAAACUGUGGUUAAAACGUUACGUGUAAUGCCAGAAGGCAUUAAGAAAGAAAUUCAUGCAGGUUUCACUUUGGAUCCACAGGGUGUUUAUGGCUCAAUCAAGAGAAGACAGGAAUUUCGAUAUAAAAUCCCACUAAAUCUGGUACCUAAAACAACAAUUGAGAGAAGUGUCAGUGUAAAAGGACACCUGAUGGGCGAAGCAAUUGCCACAGUCCUCAGUCCUGAUGGUCUCAGUAUUCUUACUAAUCUGCCAAAGGGCAGUGCAGAGGCAGAGCUUAUGAGUAUUGCCCCAGUGUUUUAUGUGUUUCGCUACUUGGAAGAGUCAAAUAACUGGCAUAUACUGGGUCCUCAAACCUUAACUUCAAGAACACAAAUGAGGAGGAAGAUGAAAGAAGGAAUUGUAAGCAUCUUGUCAUUCAGAAAUUCUGACUUCUCAUAUAGCAUGUGGAAGAAUCAGCAAGCUAGCACCUGGCUGACAGCUUUUGCUUUAAGGAUUCUUGGACAAGUGAAUAAAUAUAUAGAUCUUGAUCAGAUUUCUGUUUGUAAUUCACUUCUGUGGUUGAUUGAUAACUGUCAAAUGCCAGAUGGGUCAUUCAGUGAAUUUUCAGAUUACCAACCAGUGAAACUACAGGGUACAUUACCUAGAGAAGCUAAAGAAAAAACUUUGUAUCUCACAGCAUUUUGUGUUAUUGGAAUUGAAAAGUCAAUUAAAAUAUGUCCUACUCAGAAAAUCCAUGAUGCUAAAAAUAAAGCAGGGGAUUAUCUGAUGAAAAAUGUGCAGUCUGCUCAAAGCCCCUUUACUAUGGCAAUAACUUCGUACGCUUUAGCUCUGGUGGAUUUGAACCAUCACUCUGCACGAUCGGCGUUCUCUGCACUGAAGAAGGAAGCAUCUGUCAUAG